CGGAGGCCAGGGGGCGGGCCUUCGUGCCCGGAUGUAAGAUGGCCGCCGCCGCCGCCCGACAGCCGCCGCCUCGCAGGUUACGCUAGGAGGGCCUGCAGGGCCUGCCCGCGCCCGCGGAUCGCCGUGGUCUCCUUACCAUGAGGCCAGUGAGUCGCCGCACCCUGGACUGGAUUCGCUCCGGGUUGCUCCUCGCGAUCGUAUUACUUUCCUGGGGAUAUGUCAUCUAUGCAUCGACAGUAGCCGCUCGACGACAACUAAGGAAGAAAUACCCAGACAAAAUAUUCGGGAAUGAAUGAAAUUUAUAAUUCCUCUAGAUUUUAUUCUAUGCAAAUACUUCAUGUUUACCUGACACAUGUCUAUAAAGUAAAAUCCGCAAUACAAAAUUUCCAAAUUUAUUAUUGUAUACAGCCCUUUAUAAAUAAACCAUGAAUGUGCUACCUUUUC